AUGUUCUCCAACCUCGCCUACCUCCUCAGCUCUAAAUCCAUUACCCUCUACAUCCUCUACACCCUCCACGUCAUGCUAGGUACCUCUCUCGUCUUCACCGCUCUCUACACCUAUGGUGUACAGACGAGCAAAGCCAUGGCGAGGGCCGCUGCACUCGAAGCUUCUGUCAAUAGCGGAAAUGGGAUUGCUGGAUUCUCUGUAGGCAAGGCGUUGAAUGGAAGUGCUGUUGAAUUUGAAGAUGAUGUGGAGAUGGAGAUGGACGGGAUGGAUAUCGCGAUGGGUGGAUUGAAUAGGAUUAAGGGAAUGAGAAAGGUAAAGAGUAUGGUUGGAUUGAGCAGUGCGCAAGCGGGACGGGAGAAUGCAAGCACGGGGUUUGAGUGUGCGGAUGGGAAUGGGAAUGGGGAGGAGGGAAUUAAGUUUAGAGAGAUUUGUUAUUCUUCUGGGGGGAAGGAGGGGGUUGCAAUGGGUGGGCUUGGUGUGGCGGGGAAGGGAAUGGCUCUUGAGAUUUCUUGA